GUAUUCUUCUCGGUACUGAUAAUGAUAACGAUGAAAAUGCUAAAUUUCAUUUUCGUUUAUUUAGUUCAACAUCUUAUUUUAAAUUAAAUAGUUCAACUGGUGAAUUGACAAUUUUACAAUCAUUAGAUAGAGAAAAACAAUCUAAUUAUGAAUUGACAAUAUUGAUUAUUGAUCAUGGUAAACCAUCACUUUCAUCAUCAGCUAAAGUUUAUGUAAAUGUCACUGAUACUAAUGAUCAUGAUCCAAUAAUUGUAUUUCCAAUAACUGGUAAAGGUAAUAUAAGCGUGUCAUAUCAUGAACCACCAGGUGAA